AUGGCAGGUUGGAAUUACACACAUGUGAAGGAAUUUCUCCUGGUGGGAUUAACUGAAAAUCCUGAUUUACAAAUACCUUUAUUUUUGGUUUUCUCUCUAAUCUAUGGCAUCACUCUGGCAGGUAAUUGGGGAAUGAUUGUCUUGAUCCGGUUGAAUGCCCAACUUCACACACCAAUGUACUUCUUCCUUAGCAACCUCUCCUUUUGUGAUAUAUGUUAUUCUACUAUCUUUGCUCCUAAAAUGCUGGCCAAUUCCCUCUUAAAUCGUAAGGCCAGUACAUUCUCUGGCUGUGUUCUACAGAGUUUCCUUUUUGCAGUGUACAUAACCACAGAAGGAAUCCUUCUGUCUAUGAUGGCUUAUGACCGUUACGUAGCCAUUGCUAAUCCCUUGUUAUAUACAGUCAUUAUGACCCAGCGUGUUUGUAGUUGCAUGGUCCUGGCAUCUUAUAUGGGUGGGCUCAUUAACUCUCUGACACACACAAUCGGUUUGCUCAAGCUAGACUUCUGUGGUCCUAACAUUGUGAACCAUUUUUUCUGUGACAUACCCCCGCUUUUGAAGCUUUCUUGCUCUGAUGCUCAUAACAAUGAGAUGCUGCUUUUGAUUUUCUCUGGAGUCAUUGCAAUGUUCACUUUGAUCAUCAUCAUUGUCUCUUAUAUCCGCAUCAUCAUUGCCAUCCGGAGAAUCCACUCAGCUGAAGGGAAGCGUAAAGCCUUCUCUACUUGUAUCUCCCACCUGACUGCUGUGACUUUGUUCUAUGGCUCGGUGACAUUUAGCUAUAUCCAGCCAAGCUCUCAAUAUUCCCUGGAACAGGAAAAGAUCUCUGCUGUGUUUUAUACAUUGGUGAUUCCUAUGCUAAACCCAUUGAUUUAUAGCCUGCGGAAUAAGGAUGUGAAAGAUGCGGCAAAAAAAUCUUUUUCAUGGAGAACUCUCAUGUAA